AUGCAGCGCGCAACAUAUCUUGCUCAGUUGUACGAGUCCGUGUCGAGCAUUCCUCCGGAUAUCCAGCAGUGUCUCCUGACGAUUGCUCAGUAUGGCUGCGAUGCGGAUCAGGUGAAGAGGUGGUAUAAUCUUGUCCGGAGUCAUUUUGGGGUUGGUGAGAUGGAAUCUCCCACGGCGCUGUCCCAUCAAACGCCACGGCCGAUCGCUAGGGCGAGAGAGCGGAAGAUCGAGCCUUUUGUUGCUGGAGGGCCAAAGACAGAGCUGCCAGUGACACCAGAACUGAGAAACCAAAGCCACUUUCCGGAUCCAGCGACAUGGACAAGUCCGCCUCUGCAGCUUGCCAACCACGAUCAUUACGCGGGCCUGAACGAUCUUUCCGGAACAAUCCCUUCGCAGCAGCCAGGGGGUAAUUUAUUCGACCCUUCGACUCCCCUGCCGCAGAACGUGGUCUUCACCGGGCACGGAUUGAUGCCAGCGCCAGAAGGCUUCUCGAGCGACGGCUUCAAUUCAGACUUCAUGGCCAGAAGCCCAUCAAUGCCAUUACUGGAAUCCUUUGAUGAGACAGUGCAGACAGCGGCCGCUACCUUGUCGCCACGGCCCAAGACGAUUGCUCCCUCCAGCGUUCUGAAGUCCUCACCAGAGCAAGCGAAGCCACCACGGAAACGAAGGAAGCUGGCCCAGAAGGAAACUCCGUCGAAGGUAGAAACAGGCACAAUGGAACCACCGCCACGACCAAGAAGACCUUCGGUUCCAUAUCGAUCAAACGAGCAACCAGUCACGCCUCUCCAGAUUUCGGAGAUUCCAGGUCCAGAAAGCCAACGGACAUUGGGAUCCGAGUCCAGAACCUCUCACUCGGCGCCACGAUCUGUACAUCCCUGGUCAGCUGCAUCAGCCUUCGCUGAACUUCCUGCCAUCACUCGCUCAGCCGCCAAGGCCAACGAGUCAGCAGAGGGCGAGUUCGACAGCUCAGUCCACAGGGGAAAUGAAUGA